AUGUCCAAAAUCAUUGCACGUUAUCAAUCACUAAAACGUUUCGGGAUAUACGAUAAGCCGGAGAGCAAGGUUUCGGGUAAGCAGAAGAAAAUAAAAGACAGUACAUUAUGUAAACAUUUCAAAAUAUAA